AGCGUUCCUUCGGCUUCCGUAGUGCGGAGGUGCUCCCAUUAUUUUCUUCCCCAACCGGCACCGGUCCGGGAGACGUGGCGAUGGCGGAGGCGCUCGUGUCAUGGUGUGUGGAGCAGCUGCGGGGUGACUUCGGACUGGAUGCCGGCCAGGAGCUUGUCCAGUAUAUCUUGUCUAUUGAGACUGAGGAGGAGAUACGAGAGUAUGUAGCUGACCUAAUCCAGGGUACAGAUGGUAAAAAGAAGCACUUUGUAGAUGAGCUGGUUGCCCGAUGGCGAAAGUCCUGUCAGCCUGCUUCUGACCCUUUGCCACUAUAUCGGAAGAAAGGGGACACUCUAGAGGCCCCUCGGCCAGGAGACCAAGGCAAGAGGGGAAGACGCAAAGGGAGAAACAAACAGGAAGCACCCGUCCAUGUGGAAGCUGACCAGCCUGUAGAGGAAGUGAAAACGCCGCUCGAUUUAGCCAAGGCCCAGGAGGUAAACAGUGGCAGCUCCUCGUGCAAGAAGAAGGCCAAAUACGUCAGCUUGUACACGAAGGAAGGUCAAGACAAACUGGCCGUCAUGCUUCCUGGGCGCCAUGCUUGUGAGUGCCUAGCCCAGAGGCACAAGCUCAUCAAUAACUGUCUGACGUGUGGGCGCAUUGUCUGUGAGCAAGAGGGCUCUGGACCUUGCUUAUUCUGCGGCACUCUGGUGUGCACAAAAGAAGAGCAGGAUGUCUUGCAGCGUGAUUCUAACAAGAGCCAGAAGCUGCUGAAGAAGCUCUUGGCAGGCACUGAGAAUUCUGGGAAGGUGGAUGCAAGUGGCAAAGAUCUGCUUCCCCGCCAGGAAGCUCGACUCAAGGCUGGUCUGGAGAUGGCUGUGAAGCACAAGGACAAACUGUUGGAGUUUGACAAAACAAGUGUGCGCCGAACUCACGUGAUCGACGACGAGUCGGACUACUUUGCCAGCGACUCCAACCAGUGGCUCUCGAAGCAGGAGAGGGAGGCGCUGGAGAAGAGAGAGAAGGAACUGAGGGAACUGAGGCACGCGUCUCGGCUCUCCCGGAAGAUCACCAUUGACUUUGCCGGCCGGCAGGUCCUGGAGGAGUCUGGGAGCAUGGAGGAAUAUCACAGCAAGUUGGAUGAAACCAUUGAAGCAAUUCACAGUGGCACUUUGACCAAGCCAAAGGAGAGCCCUGCAGCGGGAGGCAAAGCGCCUGGAGUUCUGGUGAAUCCAAACCUCCUUCAGCCAGCCCCUGUGUGGGUGGACCAGACUGGGCUGCCCCCCCACAGGAAAGCUGCCUCUUCUGCAGAGACUGGGAGCGAGGCUGACUCGGACAGGAGCCGCUUACGGGUCCAGGACCGAGAGAUACAGGAGAUUUCCGACGGUGGCUGGUGCCUGAGCAUGCAUCAGCCGUGGGCCUCGCUGCUGGUCAGAGGGAUCAAAAGGGUAGAGGGCAGGACUUGGUACACAUCGCACAGAGGCCGGCUAUGGAUCGCAGCGACGGCCAAAAGACCUUCGCCUCAGGAAAUCUGUGAGCUGGAGACCACCUACAAAAUACUGCUCCAGGAAGCCUCUGGUUCUGCUGAAAAGCCCCCUCACCCCGCCCUGCAUGGAGCUGGUCCUGCUGGGAGUUCCUCGCGUGGGAUACGUUCCUCGCCUACUACCGCGAGUAAUGGAACCGUGGACCUGGAAUUUCCCAAAGAUUAUCCCUCUGGCUGCCUCCUCGGCUGCGUGUAUGUGAUGGACUGCUUGUCCCAAGAGCAAUUUAAGGAACAGUAUCCACAGCUGAGCCAGGAGUCGGCUUCUCCGUUUGUCUUUAUCUGCUCUAACCCCCAGGAGAUGGUGGUGAAGUUUCCCAUCAAAGGCAAACACAAAAUCUGGAAGUUGGAUGCGAAGAUCCAUCAAGGAGCCAAGAAGGGGUUAAUGAGGCAGCAGGCAAGGGCCUGAACUGCCGGGCAGGAAUCUGGGCUCCCCACCCGCAGCAGAAGCAGAAGAACGGAUCUCAACUGGGCCACUGAGAUGUCCAGAGUGGAGGCUCCAAAGCUGCUAAAGGGAGCGUGCAGGGGGUGGGGCCCGGGGGCGAGAAGGUGGAGCGAGAAGCACAGGUGAAGUUGCUGUCCGCUGGUAUAAACAGUGCAGUCCAAGAGAAAAAAAGGAGGUCCCGAGUUGUCUGUGUCCCCAGAGCAGCCCUCCGAGAGGAGGGGAGGGAGAGCGAGGAGCUCUGGCUGGCUGUGAGCCCAGCCUCCGAGUCCUUGGCCUGCCGCUGUGCUGCCUGAGCCCAAAGACAGCCAAGGCCUUCCCGGGUUGCUGAGCUGCGGUGACCCUUUUGCGCAUGGCAAGCUUCAGGACAGGGGGCUGGCUGGGGUCUCGGGGGGGGGCACAUCGCUGGUUGGCAACGCUCAGGGCUCUUGAACCCGCGUGACCUCUGGAAUCACUGUGUGUGUUCAGUGCGCAUGCGCGCGCGCACACCGGCAAGCAGACGGAUCUGGGCCACGGAUUCCCUCCACUUGGGGGCACAGGGCUCCAUCCUGCAUGUUGAAGCCUGAAUAAAAGAGGGCUUUCCCUUUCCUUAACAGCUCAUCUCCAGUGGCCUUCCUGCUGUCCUGCCACAGGCUGCAGAGAUUUUUUUUUCUCUGCUGUUGAUUGCACUGCUUCUGUCUCCUCCCACUAUUUAUAUACCGCUUUUCAGCAAAGUUCCCAAAGUGGGUUACAUAGACAAAUAAAGCAUAAAAAUAAAUAAGAUGGGUCCCUGUCCCAAAAGGGCUUACAAUCGAAAAAAGAAACAUAAAGUAAAACACCAGCGACAGCCACUGGAGGGAUGCUGCGCCAGGGUUGGAUAGGGCCAGUUGCUCUCCCCCUGCUAAAUGUAAGAGAGCCACCGCUUUGAAAGAUGCCUCUUGCUCGGUUAUCAGGGGUUUGGCCUUUGUUUCCACAUGGUCCGUAUGUCAAGGGCUAAGCCAGCACACACACACACCUCUUUUCAGGCUGCAAGGGGAACAGUUUCUCCCCUCUGCAAGCCUGUCCUUUAGGUGGGGCAAGCAGGGCAGUGGCCCCCAGCCCCACAACCUCCCAGACCCCAGGGCCGGACCCAACCACCCCCGUACUCCCGGUCAGCCGAUGCUCCUCACCCCCCUCCCUGCUCACUGAAAUGAAAUGAAAGGAGUGCUUCUGUAGAGGAAAAAUCCCUAGUAGCUGUCGGGUUAAUUCAGCACGUAGUGCUAAAGAAAUUCCAUUGCCUCCCUCCUCCUUCAAACAAAGAGAGAGGCGAUCAAACUUCCCAGCCCUGUCAAAUACGAGCUAGAGCUAGAUACUAAAUGAGACGUCUGCAUGUGCCCUCAUGGGAGAAUUCCUGGCACUUCAGGCCUGCUCUCCCUGCAGACCCACCCGAAGCUCUUCUCACUGAUUGUGAAAAGAGCUUCAUAGAGUUUCAUGGCUUGGCUGAGCAGGGAUUUGAAUUCAGGUCUCUCCAGUCCUUGUUCAACUUCAGAGAUUGUUGUGAGGUCAAAAUAGGCUGGAGGAGAAUAGUAUACACAACCCUGAACUCCACUGAGGAAGAGUGGGACGGAAAUGUAAAAAAUAAUCAUAAUCAAUAUACAUCCGCAAGCCAGGAUUCCAGAAGCUGCAGGUAAAUUUUGUAUUUAUUAUUUAAUAUUUUUUCCAUGCCACCACUCGUAGACCCUGAUGGCAGUUUACAGACAAAGAAUAAAACAGCCAAAUCAAGUUCAACAGCUAAAAGUGAUUAAAACAAUGGAAACAAACAAAA